AUGCCUACUAAAGCGCAAAUGACAAGGCAAAAGAAAACCACAAAGAAGGCAGUAAGGAAACUCGCUACAUCCGCCACUAUUCAUGAUAUCGCUGUCAGCCACAUAACAUACAGAGUGGUCGGCAUCAUCGAACCCGAACACUUCACUAGACCGAUGUCAACAGCAGGCACUUCUACGCAACACGUGUUGCCACCGACUUCGACGGCGACCCUAAGUGCGACGCAUACUCCCCAAAGUAUGGUUCCUAGCUCCACUCUCACUCCUGCGGCGAUUGUCGAUUGCGGGAUAGUCGCAUGCUGUUCUUCUGACCAGCUUCCCACGAUCUAUUCUAUUCCUACUACCGAAGACAACGACGCUGUUCAUGAGCCCAAAGUGCCAAUUUCGACAUCGAACAUCUCUGAUAAGCUCCACGAAGCUUCUAGCUCUGAGGCGGAUAAACCACUAAACUCGGAAAUUGUCCGGCUUUCUAGCUGCGCGAAAAUCGAUGAGCCGCAAAGCUUUACAGCCUUAAUCCCGACUGAUUUUGGGCCCGUGCGCUUGGUUCUGGCGAUCGCAACUGCUCCAAUUGCCCAGAUUCUCGAUACAAGAAAACUGCGGAUGCUUGUGGUGGGCCAACCUUUGGACACCAUCUUCGCGUGCCUGUCAGCUUGGAUGCGGUGCGAAUAUUCCAAGCGGUAUUUGCUCGAGACACAGCCGUCGAAUUUGAAGUCGCAACUGAGAACCGGGUCGCAGACGAUUUCGGAACCGUCAGCAGAAUAUGGUGCACUUGUACCGUAUCUCGACCACUCUUCACCCAAGUGUAUCCUGGAAGCCAAGAACAACGUCCCAAAUUCAUAUGCAAGUAACUCGUCCCUGGAUAGCUUCAUGGGCUCGCGGAUAUUUCUGAUCGGACACGACAAUUUGAUUACUUGUAUCCACUAUGGGCAGCUUUUGUAUGAUGUUGACGUUAUUCAAGACGAUGGUGAAUCCGAUUUCGACUCGAUCGCCUCGCCCACAAAGUCGGACUUGAGUCAAGUGUUCAACGACACCACUAGUUCAGGUAGCUCGCCCUAUCGCAACAGCGCCCUGUCUACCGAGACGUACGCAAAUGAAGAGAAUCACUACAAGUUUGAAAUUGAGGAGGUGGAUGGCUGGGUGUCUGAAAAUGAGGAGAAUGGAGAGAUUACAGAUGAAUCAACAACUGGAUCAGACGACACAUCUUCCGUUGACACUGUCAUUCGGUACAAGGUCAACUUACAUCCUCCAGACGAAGCGCCCACUGGCAAGGAGAAGACCGAAAAUGUAACUCAGACUCUAGCUCCAAUGACGAGUAACGAAAAUACACCCAAAAACCCCUAUAACGCCACAUUCCAGCGCGAGAUGAGCAGUCUCGCUUUGCCACAAAGGAUAGCUUCUAAUACGAUGGAUGCGGCCGACUGGACUUGCGAGCAAGGUCGUAUGCGCCUUGGUAGUGAGUCACUUUUCGCAUUCCUGAAUGUUUUGGGAACAAGGGACGAUGAAAAAGCAACUGUGCAAUCAGUAGUGGCUGCAUUUCUCAAGAUGGUUGACCUGGAGCGCGAGAAGCGCGGCGCCAUGCUGCUACCAUCCGCAUGCACAGCUCAACGCGUACUAAGCAGCCGAAUUCUGCCCCACACAGUCACGCUUGGUACGACUACGGUUGCUGUGUUCAUGAAAGAGCUACAUCUUAAUCCAAAUGAUAAAAUCAACACGGUGGACAUAUAUGGGGCGUGGGGCCGACUGAGUGGGGAGGAAAUGCGGCUCCAGGAUAUGGCCUCAAAGGGGAUCAUGGGGGCACUUAAGAGGGCGCCGGAGACAUCUUUUCCAGCUUCGAACUGA